UAGCAUUAUUCCAUCACGUCGUAUGUAAAGAAUCUGCAAGGGAGUGAUGUAAGCCUAAAUUGUUUUGCAAAUUUACCACCAUGAGUAAAUUUACCAACGUAAGCAAAGUUCUCCAAGAGUUGAGCUUCUCCCAUCAUGUGGUGCUUCGAUCAAGAAAUGUUAGAUAUCACAGGAUACUGGUCUUAGGGGCUGUUUUGCCUUCAAGAUGGAGUGGAGUUCGAUAUUAUAAGAAUUUUGGACAUCAGAAACCAAAACCUUCUUCCCGAUUCACUUUGUUCUAUUAUACUGCGCUUUCAUCUGUUUUGCUAGCUUCAUGUAUUGAUUUUAAUUGGUUUGCCAAAUAUAUUCCAUCUGUGGAUAGCGUGAAGAAGUUUUUCAAGGUGGAUGCAGUAUCAAGAGUGUCAACAACAUCACAAGAUCAAAAGGAUGAUAGUAAUCAUGAUGAUUCUUCUGAAGAAACAGAGGAUAGUCAGAAGGAUUUGAAAGAGAAAAAGAAACAAAAGAAAGAAAGGCCUGGGUUUAGGGAAAGAAAAAUUAUUGAAUAUGAAAACAGAAUCAGAGCCUACUCAACACCAGAUAAAAUUUUUCGAUAUUUUGCAACUCUUCGUGUCUGUAAUGAACAAGGAUAUACAGAACUGUUCAUGACCCCAGAAGACUUCUUAAGGUCUAUUACUCCAGGCAUCAAACAACCAGAUGGUCUUGGAUUGGACCAGUUCAAGAGACUGGAUAUGAAGACUGACUGCCUUCACUCUGAAGAUUUCCGACUGCAGGUUGAGGCCCAUGAUGAAGUGAACACCCCCUCAAAUUUAGGCCUAACUGAAGAGAGCAUUUUCUACAAAAUUGGAGCCUCUGGUUUAAUUAACUUUUCAGAUUAUAUUUUUUUGUUAACAAUUCUUUCAGCUUCCAAACGACACUUUGAGAUUGCUUUUAAAAUGUUUGACCUGAAUGGAGAUGGAGAAGUAGAUUUUGAAGAAUUUGAAAAGGUGCAAACAAUUAUCAGGAACCAGACAAGUAUGGGAAUGAGACAUCGUGAUCACUCCAAUACAGGAAACAUUUAUAGAGGAGUUAGUAGUGGGUUAGCAACUUAUUUUUUUGGUCAUGAUCACAAAAAGAAACUAACAGUGGAGAAAUUUCUGGAUUUUCAGAAACAGCUUCAGACAGAGAUUCUUGCACUGGAAUUCAAGAGGAAAGAACCAAAUGAGAAAGGAUACAUCAAGGAAGUUGACUUUGGUGACCUUUUGUUGACUUAUGCUGGUCUAUCUGACAAAAAACGAGCCCGUAUGUUAAAGAGGGUUCGAAAGGAAUUCAAGAAUAGUUUGGAGGGCAUCUCACUUCAGGACUAUUUGAAUUUCUUUCACUUUUUGAACAACAUUAAUGAUGUAGACACCGCAUUGACUUUUUAUCAUGUUGCUGGAGCAUCAAUUGAACAAGCUACCUUGAAGCAUGUUGCUCGAACAGUAGCCCACGUUGAUAUUCGUGACCAUGUCAUCAAUGUGGUCUUUACCCUUUUUGAUGAAAACAUGGAUGGACAGCUGAGUAACAGAGAGUUUGUGUCUGUAAUGAAAGAGCGUCUUUAUCGUGGUCUUGAGAAACCCAAAGAUACUGGCUUUUUCAAAUUGAUAAACUCUGUGAUGAAGUGUGCUCGUUUGAAGAAACCUGUUCUCUUAGAUAUGUAGCCAUAUUCUAGUCAAUUGGUCUCAUUAUCUUUAAAAAACAAAUAUAAUUGGAGUUGCAAAACCAUUUUUACAUUUAGGUAGUUUUUGCUUUCCCUAAACUUUUAUCUUUUUUUUGUGUGUUGUAUGGCAUAGGUAAAAAGUGAAAAUGUAUAUUGCAUUAUAAAUUUGAUAGUGACAAAAAUCUAAAAUAUGUUAAAUAUUUCUACAUAUAACCUUAAAUAUUUUAAAUAAAAGAGUAAAAAAUAAUGAUGAGAUCCUAUUAGAUGGAUUUUCUCCUUCAUCACACAACAACUUAUUGAAAGGGGAUAAUGUUUACUCACUAAAAUUUGCCUGUCUUAUGAUUAUGUCACAAGUUGUUUACCAUGGUGCCUUGUGAGUAUAGUGAGUGGGGGGUGGGGGUUUAGCACAGCCAUAUUGUUUUCUUAAUAAAUACAAUGAAAAGUAUGGGUAAGCAGUUGUGUUGAAAACCAGUUGUUGUGUGCGAUUUUGUCCUGCAGAUUUAAAGAGACAUAAAGGUAUUGGUUAUUAUACGAUAUUAAAUGAUAAAAAACAUAGGGCACUACGGACAGAACUUACUAGGAAUAAAGCACUUAAAACAGAAUCAAAAUGGAUGUAUAUAAUGCAGUUUACACUUCUUAAACGACAAGAAGAUGUAUGAUGGGAAAAAUCCUUAUGCAUUUCUAUGAGCAUGGAUGAAAGAAUGGUCAGAAGCUGUGAUCCAGUAUAAUGAAAGAAUUAAAACUGGGGUUGAAGAUCUUAGUUAUACUGUGCACUUCUGUUUGAUACCAAAUAAAACAACAAAAUCAAUAGAAACAAAGAAAGAAAGAAAGCAAGAAGAUGUGAUGCUUCUUCAAGUGGAUGUAGGCCUAUCUACAUUCAUGAUGAGAUUCCUUAUGAUAAACAUGCCACAAAAAAGAUUUAAACGUGAAGAUCCAGUGCCAUUUGUGAAUUCAUCUGCUACAAAAGGUUUAAGUGAGUACAGUGCCCCAGUCACACAGUUAGAAGAGGUACAAGUCAGUUGUGUAGUUCAAUCUGGAAAUAAGAAUGCAUAUUGCAGUACAACAAGUAUUCCAGUGAGUGAUAAAUAGCAAGGACUUUUGGCUAACAUGAAAGAAAAUGUUAAAUCUUAUGACACAUCCAAUGUUGGUACGUUACAACAAUUGCUUCAAGUAGUCAUGAAACUCUUACCAAAUAUCAAAGAACAAUAAGAAACACCUUCUUUGCAUAGAAAUGAAGAUAAAUUGACACUACUGAGAUUUUCUGGCUGUGAUGAUGAUGAUGAUAUUAUAUUUUGAACUGGAUUUUGUUCUUAUGAUCCACUUAUUGCAUUUUAUACAAAUAUUCUGGAACCACAGGCAUAUAAUUUGAAUUACUAGGGUUCUGAUAAUUUAUACAGUUUGAUUAUAAAUGUGGACCCAAAAGGAAGCUACAGUCAGUUGAUAUUUUUUUACCUUAAUUAAAUUAAAACAGACAUAAAAACUUGGUUGAAAGAUUAAAAAUCAGAGAGGAGAAGAUGUCUAGGGUGUUUGUAACAAGGAUGAAUUUCAAGUGUUGUGUACUUGAAACACUAGAUACUUAUGUAUCAAAGUCAAAAGUUAAGGAAUACAUGCCAUAAUGUUUUAAAGGGCUUUACAAAAAUGUGCAGGUUGUAAUUGAUUGUACUGAAGUACAAAUUGAAUUAUUCUCAGACUUUUAAGAUCAAGGUGUGACAUUUUCAAAUUAUAAGCACUGUAAUACUCUCAACAGUUUCAUUGGUAUAAACUUGUCAAAUGUGCCAACAUUUGCAAUGAACUCUUUGAAGGUAAUUUUAGUGAUAACUAGUUAUUCUUUAAUAGUCAUCUUAUUGAACAGUUAACUGUAUACAAUGCAGCUAUGACUGAUAGGGGUAUUACCUGCAGGGAAAUACUUGAUAAAAAAAACAAAAUAGAUCAAGUUGAUUACACCCCACUUUUUAAGUGGCAAAAACUGAUGGGUAAUCUCAAACAGUGGAAUUACUUGGCUAAGAACAUUGUUUACCAUUUUGGAGCCCCCCCAGUGGCACAUUGGUAUGUCUGCAGACUUACAACGCCAAAAACCGGGUUUUGAUACCCAUGGUGGGCGGAGCGCAGAUAGCCCAUUGUGUAACUUUGUGUUUAACUUCAAAAAAUUCAGUUACUUGAAUAUCCAGUGUUGCUUUGGCCACCUUUACUUGAUGAUUUACUUGAGUGAGAGUAAUAAACAUUACAAUUUAUUAGUGUAUGAUAUGUAGAAUUGUGUUUUCAGUUUUAAACAUUUAUUGCAGAUUAAAUGCAACACAUUUCUUUCAGACAUGACAAAACUGAGCAUGCCUGUUAUUGUAUGUCUAAAAACUGUGACACGUCUUUAACUUUAAUCUUUUUAUCUUACUUUUUUGUAGAAUAUAACACUACAUAUUUACUUGACGAUUCACAUGAGUGAGAAUAAUAAAAGGUUAAAUAUCUAAAGAUAAUUGUUCUAAAUUAACCACAAUAUAAAUCACUGACUUUAAUUCAUAGUAGUCAUUGAGUUCUAUCCAAAUAUGAAAGUAAUCUAUUCACAGUAAUUUUUCUUAUAAUUUUUUUUGCAAAUGAUCUUAACAUACAUCAAAUGAUCAAGUAUGAAAACAGAUGUAAAAUCAAGCAUACUAGAUCAAGUCAGUUGUGAAAAAAUAUGAUAUGUAGAAACAUGAGAAUUAUGAACUACUAGAACAGUUAAAUACAUGUCAUGAAACUUCAGUACAUUUGGCUUUGAUGUCUGCCAAAAACAUCAAAAUCUACACGUAUAGCAGAAACAUUAAGCUCUGAAGAAGUAUAGCUCACAAAGUCACUUGUUCUGUUUGUUAUAGCCAUCUGCAUGUGUACUUGGUAAAAAUAUUUAUGCCUUUCCUUCAAUUAAGAGCCAUUAGAUCCUGAUUUUAAUGGAAGUGCUGACGUAGUGUGUUUAUAGGUUAUUGCAUCCUCAUGAAACAUACUUCUACAUGAAUACAAACAUUUCAUUUCAGCUAGGCCAUUAGAAUCCUGUUCAAAUUCAUCCCACACCAGUUUCCCAGGACUAGCUGCUAGUUCACCAUAGCUUAAGUCAAUUAUAACUUUACCUUUAACUGUCACUAGGGGUUAAUGAAACAGUUCAGUAACAAAUCUGUACAUUCAUAUUUACUCAUGGUGCUCAGAGCUGCUUAAUGUUUCUACAUACUGUAAUUGUGAAAUACUUUUAAAUUAUUUUUUCCGUUUCAUUCUAAAUAUUGAAUUUUAAGGUACUAUUAAGUUUUCUUACUAUUAAAUUAGUUCUUAAAUUUUGUUACAUUUUCAGGAAUGUUGAAAUAACAGAAUUACAGUAAUAUAAGACUCAAAACAGUGAAGAAGAUAUAAAAUAUAGUCAGUAUUUUUUGUUAUCUUUAAUUUGAUUGAAACUAAUUCUUCAGGGCUUCUGAAAAGAUGUGAAGGUUUACAAUUCUCUCUAUUUUCUUCACUUUCACUUGCAGUGUCUGUGCUUGAAUUUAGGGUUUAAAGUAAUCCAAUUUUAUGUUUUUCUUACUUUCUUUUCUUGGGCCUGAUUUUAAUGUGUCAAAUUUGAUUUCACUUGGGAUUUUUCUAUCACCAAAACUUCCAUGGUGACCUAAAAAAUAACAAUACAUAAUAGAAUAAAAGCUUUCAAAAUUUUUCUUAGUCUAGGUAUAAUGUUGCUUUAUUAGCACCAAGUCCUUGAGUGGAAUGGUUAAACUUUCAUGUUACUAAUCAAACCAAAAAAAAACUUAAUUGUAAAAACACAUCCAGAUUUAUAUCAUUUUAGCUCAUAUAUCCACUAACAAACACUGUCAGAUAAAGUGAUUCAGUUUCUGCUUUAAAACAUUACUUGGUUUGAUCUUUGUCUGCUAAUUUACACAGCCUACCAUAACACAAGACUAGUUUUGAUGCAAAUAGUGAUGAACUAACUUCUAUAUAAAGUAAUCAUUGUUCCAGUUCCUGGGGAGAAUUAUAUUUAGUUAUUGAUUAUGGCAAAAUAGCUAUCCAUAACAUAUCUUUAUCAUAAUCUCUCAACACUGUCCAUUGCUGCUGCAUUUUUCUACCCAUUCAUCGAGCUCACAAUGCAACUCAUUAAACACUGUGUGACAUAAUCAGGUCAAUGGAUAAUUUUUAUUCAAAAAUGAGUGUUUAUACAACAUAAAUUCUCCUUAUAAAAUGAUAAAGUGAUUUUUACAACUUUUCUAAUAUCAGAAGGAAUGACUAGAUAUAAAUAAACAAGGAGUGAGAAAAAUGUAUCAGUGACUGAUAUGGAACUGUUGAGUUUAGUGAUUAACGAUUUCUUUAUGUUAUGGAUCAUCUUACAGUUACUGAUUAUGUUUUUCAAACAUUGAAAGGAGUCAGUAUUUAAUAUAUUUAUUAUCUGCAUCAAAUCAUGACACAUAAAGACCUAUGGAAUAUCUUCAUGUUGAGGAGACAGACCUCUAAAAGACGUAAUUAAAAAAUAAUUUAUAUGACUUCAUGGAACUUAUUUAAUUAUAGGCUUGAUGUAAUAAGAAAGAAUUAGCUUAAGAUUAGUUCAUUAUUAAAAGGAAAAAACAAAACCUAGAAAAUCAUUAAAAAAAUUAAAGUUGCAAGUGCAAAUUUCAAUCUUAAAUAGGUUAUUUAAGCCAAAAUAUCUUUCUUUCCGUAAAGUAUAUUCAUUUAAUUUCUUGAUCAUACUUCUUUUUUUUUCUUUCUUUUUUUAAUAUUGUCAUAAAAGAAUUCACCUGCAUUAAGAAAGGAAAGGGCAGAGUGAAAAACCAUAAACUGUUACCUGUUUAUCUAAAAAAUAGCAUCACAAUAUUUUUUAUAAAGUAAUAUUUAGGAAGUUUUUAAAUGUGAAAUUGUUAUGUAUUUUAUCCAAAAUACUUUAAAUUACACCUAGAACUGUACUCCAGUCUUUUUUUUUGUUUCUUUGUAACAGUCUGGAUAUAUCUAUUUAUUAAACUGUGCAUAUUGCAGAAUUAUAUUGAAUUGUUGAAAUAUAUCAUUAAUAACCUUCAAUUCAGGUUUGUUAUGAUGACAGCAAUAGGAUAAUUAUUAAUCUCAUAGCUAUUUCUUUUGAUGAACAUAACCAAAGAUAUUAUUUUGUAAUGUAAUUCUACAAGUUAUUGUUGCCACCCAAUUGUUUAUUUGAUAUGCUGGAAUGUGAAUUAUAACAUUCAGUACUAUACUUUUACUUGGUUAUUGUAUUAAACUGUUUUUAAUGUAAAAAUACAAAGCUAACUUAUUAUUUUGUAAUGUGUUUGUUGUAGCAAUUCCUUUGUUUCUUUGCAAGGGCCACUUAACUGAGCUCUUGUAAUUUAAUUUAGUAAUAUUUGGUGGAUUGUUUUUAUAGUAUAAUCAUUAUCUUUUAUUUUGGAGUAUAGCAUUUGAUUAAUUUGUAUUUUUAAUUCAAGAUCUAAAAUAUAACAUACAGUUUUGGGUUUGGCCAACAACCUAAGUGUGUAUGUAAAUCUUUCUUUUAUUGAUACAACUUUGAGUUUAGUCAUGAAUUCAUGUUAUGAUUAUAUGAAUAUUUCACUAUGUAACUAUGGCUUUUUUUUGCAAACUAUAAGUUUGUUAAUGUCGGUUGUUAAUAUAUAUAUAUAUAUAUACAUACUGUAAAAAUGGUUUCAAACUUAAGCUUUUAGGUAAUUUAAUUUAGUAAUAUUUGGUGGAUUGUUUUUAUAGUAUAAUCAUUGUGGUUAAUGUACAUAAGCGUAAGUCUUAAAAUGGUUAGCUAAUUAAAAAUAUGUAGUCUUAUUGCUGUUAUAAUGGUUAAGAAUGAAAAGUGUCAUUAGAUUUUUUGAUUAAUGGAGGAAAUCAGUUCUUAAUAUAACAUGCUUUGGAAAAGAAACGAUUACGGUUGUAAUUUUAAGUUACUGUGUUGAUAAAACAAAAAUAAUCCCCGAGUAAUAUUGUGAAUUUCAAGAGUAAAAGUUGUAUGAAAGUUUCACUAAUCUGACUAUGUAGGUAAAAUGCUAUUUUUUUAUUAUUCAGUAUACUUCUAAAAGGUAUGUUAUUACAUAUUUUUAAUUAAGAUAUACGUUUUCAAAAUUGUGGAAAGUGUUUGAAACUAAUUUUAAACAUGCAUAUUUAAAUUGAAUAACUCUAGUAAGAAUGAAGAAGGUAAUAAAAGUAAGGAUGAAAAAAA